AGAGGCGAUGCCAAGUGCCCGUAUCUGAUUGCGCCGGGUCGAUGGCUCCCACGUUGAGCACUGGAGGCGAGUUACUCUGUCGGUUGUGGUGGGCUCGGCCCUAGUGUCCUCGCCAUCUUCUUUUUAAACCCCCUUCUCUCACUCAGUCUUCACAAGUUCAGAAGAGACAGUGUACACAGCACAGGAGAAACCAACCUAAUCCUCAACUGCCCUCCAAGCGCAAACUACUCCUCCUCCCCGGCCUGCCACCCCCAACGCCACGCAAUCCCUCUCCCAGCUUUUGCCUUGCCGUCGUCAGCCUCGUUCCCGGUCUCCUCCUCGAUCCCGUCCUAAACGAGAAGUUGGCAACUGCUGCCUGCUUCUUGUACUGCAGAAGUCACCGAUCUUGGCCGUUGCCCAUCGGUCUGUGGCGGGGUGCCCUGCUGCGUUUGCCUUCAUCGUCGUCUUCGCCGUGGAUCGAUCGGCCAUGUUCGUCAAGAAGCUCGUCGAGAAGGCCUCCAAGAAGAAAUGCAUCGGCGGCAUCAGCAGCCUGCGCGCGGAGGACGUGAGCCCGCGGCUUGCCUUCCACUACGGCGUCCCCGCCGACGCCGCCCUCCUCGCCUACGACCCCGUCCUACACGUCCUAGCCGUCGCCACCAGGAAUGGGCAGGUCAAGCUGUUCGGCCGCGACAACACGCAGGCGCUGCUCCAGUCCCCCGCACCGCUCCCGUCCAGGUUCUUGCGGUUUGCCGAGGGCCAAGGGGUUCUCCUCAAUGUCAACACCCAGAACCAGAUCGAGGUUUGGGACAUCGACACAAAGAAGCUGUGUUAUGUGCACCCUUUUGAAAAGGAAAUCACUGCGAUUUCUGUGCUACAUAAAAGCUUCUACAUAUAUGUAGGAGAUUGUUCUGGAAGUGUGUCCCUCUUGAAGCUUGACUUGGCUCAAAGAUGCCUAUCUGACAUGCCAUACUGGAUUCCGUUCGCUGAAUCUUAUGGUUCUGCAGUCAAUACUGGUAAUGAGGUAGAAGUUGUAUUUGUAUUGCCACAGCCUUUGGCUGAAUAUAACAGGAUGCUCAUUAUCUUCAGAGAUGGGAUUAUGACUUUGUGGGAUAUUAAAGCAAGCAAAGCGGUAUCCAUAUCUGGUAAAACUAUGCAGCAGCAAUCACACCAGGAGGCUAAAACUGUAACAUCAGCAUGCUGGGUUUGUGCCAAGGGAAGCAAAAUUGCUAUUGGGUAUGACAACGGAGAUAUAUAUGUUUGGGCCAUUCCUGAGGUUCCAAGUGCACAAAAUUCCUCAUCAAUGGCCAGUCAGAAUCUACCUCUUCAGAGGCUUAACCUAGGAUACAAGCUAGAUAAGGUGCCAAUAGUCUCUUUGCGAUGGGUCGCUAGCGAUGGAAAGGCUGGUCGUUUGUAUAUCAAUGGGUUCACUGAUCAUGGGCACCUAUUUCAGGUUCUGAUUCUAAACGAAGAGAGUGAAUCGCGUAUUGUAAAGAUGAUGUUGCCUCUCGCUGAAACUUGCCAAGGAAUGGAACUUGUUACCGGGCUUAGUGACCCAAACAAUCACAGACAAAGUGUUCUUGUUCUCUUGUUGAAAUCUGGUCAGAUUUGUUUAUACGAUGAUUCAGAAAUUGAGCGCUACCUCCUUCACUCUCAGUCUAGAUCACCACCAACACUUCCAAGCCAUUCAUCUGUGAAGCUACCUUAUGGUGAUUCGGGCAUCAGUGUUGCAAAGUUUUUUACAAGUAGCCCUGCAGCCCUAGCUUCUUUGGAUGAGGAUUAUUUUUCAUUAGCCACCAAAUAUCCAUGGCUGUUUUCAAUGAAGGAUAAAGCUCAGACUGCAACAUGUUUUACCAACAUUCAUAAGACCCGGAACCUCUAUAUAACUGGACAUGUCGACGGAACCAUAAACUUUUGGGAUGCAUCAUGUCCUCUUUUUCUGCAGAUUUUUACAAUAAAGCAGCAGAAUGAAGACAAUACAUCAAGUGGCAACCCUAUCACAUCAUUACAGUUUGAUAUGUCCUCCAGCAUUCUUAUAUCUGGACAUAGGAGUGGAAUGGUCCGUGUAAUCACAUUCAAAAAGGACUCCAGCGAUAACAUAUUCGCCUUUUUACACGCAAAGCAAGGGGAUAACUACAAUGUCAGAAGUAUAAAGCUCAAAGGAGCUGUAACCGCAACGUCUUUUAUCUCUAAAUCGAAGCAUUUUGCUGCUGGAACAGAAAAUGGAAUUGUAUCGGUUAUCAACAUAGAAAAUGCUACUAUCUUAUAUCAAAAACAGUUCGAGUGUCGGCUCUCUGGUGGAAUCACCUCUUUGCAAUUCGAAAUAUAUAGCCAUAGUGGAUAUGACAAGGACAUUUUGAUAAUAGCUAUGGAAGAUUCAUCUAUUUUUAUUCUUGAGGAAGAAACUGGAAAACUUUUGAAUGCCAACCCAGUUCAGACAAACAAACCCUCAAAAGCCCUUCUGUUGCAGAUAUUGGAGUUAUCGCCAGAUGAUGCAUCAGUUUCAGAUAACCAAGAUACAUCAUCUAAGGAAUCAUUAUUGUUACUUUGCACUGAAAAUGCAAUCCGCUUAUUUUCCUUGAGCUAUGCAAUCCAGGGAACAAAGAGGAUAAUCAAUAAGAAGAAAUUUAACAGUUGUUGUUGCUUCGCCUCUCUUAUCCAUAGUUCUUCUGAAAUCGGACUAAUACUAGUCUUCUCCAAUGGGAAAAUAGAAAUAAGAUCCCUGCCAGACUUAUCCUUGUUGAAGGAUGCCUCUUUACGAGGUUUUGUGUACUCAAGAAACUUGAGUUCAACUAGCUCCAUAACAUGUUCAUCUGAUGGUGAAAUCAUCUUGGUUAGUGGAGAGGAGACCUACUUUUUCUCUACGCUCUGUCUGAAUGACACCUACAGGCACGUGGACAACAUUAAUACAGUAUACAGAAAAGACAACUCACCCAGGGAAGAGUCUUCCUAUGUAGUGAAGUCUCCUAAAGAAAAGAAAAAGGGCCUGUUUGGAAUGAUUAUGAAAGAUACUAAAGGAAGCAAGGCGAAAGAGAGUGAUGCAAAUGGCAAUGAACUAUGUAUUGCAACGACUUCUCAAGAGCUGGCUUCAAUAUUUUCAUCAGCCAACUUCGUUCCACCGUCUGAGAGAAGGAAUAGUUCACUAAAGGAUGAUGAAAAUAUCGAGCUGGAUAUAGAUGAUAUCGACAUUGACGACAACACACAUAAGCAGAAAGGACCACAUUUCCCAGGUCUAAGCAAAGAGAAAAUCAGUAAGGGACUCCAAACCCUUAGAGGAAAGUUGAAGCCCAGGACAGAAGAAAAGGUGAAGUUGGGAAAUAACAAACCUGAAGAGGAACCAUCAGUGAGUCGAGUUGACCAGAUAAAGAUGAAGUAUGGAUAUGCAACUAAUGAUGACUCAACCAGUGUUCCAAAGAUGAUUGGGAACAAGCUGCAGGAAAACGUGAAAAAGUUGGAGGGCAUUAACCUUCGAGCUGCAGAUAUGGCUAAUGGUGCUCAGACCUUCUCGGCAAUGGCAAAAGAGCUACUGCGGACUACGAAGAACGAGAAGGGCACAUCAUAGAAACGUCUACCUGUACCAAUUUUGUGCUGUUGUAACGUUAUUUCAUUUUUUUUCCUCAUCCCAAGUAUGGUGUGUCGAGCUGGGUACUGCAAUUCCCUUCCAGUACGCAGAACCUGCUUUACUUCCAGACAGCAGUUGUAAAUAAUGGAUCUAAGGCUCGCAGCAGGAAAUGUACAUUGCGUGUUGUUUUCGCUGCAAAAAUAUUUUUGAUUGUAUAGCAAAGUUUCCAUAAAGAAGCUGCUCA